AAUGGCUUACCCAAGAAGCGGUCCAGCCUCUAGAGCAGUAGCUCUGGACCUCAUGCUGAGGACCUUCAUGAACUCUGCUGACUUCCACACCUCCAACCCCAGGAUUUGGGACAACAUAGCCAAGCUAGUGCCAGGAACCACUCCACAGCAGUGUGCUCAGAGGUGGGAAGAGCUUCGACUGACCAACAGUACAGUGGCUGGUGAUCUUUCAGGACUGACUGCUACUGGUCGACUCAUCUCAAGCCACGGUCGGAAGCAAAUCAGCAAACUAGUCCGCUCCAUGCUCAAUCAGCCAUCAAACAGACACGCCCACAACUCUGUACAAGAUCACACCCAUCACUCGACCUCUCGGCCACCCAGUGUGUUAUCAGAACGCUCCAAGAAUUUCACUGAGAACAGUCCCAGUAGACCCCUUACGGGGGUCGCUGAGAGAAAUGGGGGGAAUUUCGUGGCUAAUUUCUGUCAGAUGAUGCUGAAUGGUACCAACAGUGCAGCUGUGCUGAGAGGAGGUGGGCAGAGGAGUGAUGUGAGGGAGGAGGAGGGGAAGACUGCCAAGGAAUCUGCUGGAAAUGCCGUAAAUGGGUCUACAUCAACUCAAAUAUCAGCUGAAGGAUCAGCCACGACUAUUGAGAGUGGAGGCAGCUCAACCACCAUCAAGACCACCACCUCUGUGGGUGAGCAUGGACUUAACAUGGUCAUCCAUGUUUGUGAUGACGCAAAGAAACUGAAGAAGGACUUUAUGUGCCCCCGUGAGAUCUUAGUGAGGGAGAUGCACUACUUUGCCGAGUACCUCUCCUCCUCUGACACACAGCUCUGGGAUGAGGUGGACAUCAGUGUGCACUGUGACGUGCCUGUGUUCGACUGGCUCAUGAGAUACACAAAGAGAGGUCUGUUGGAGGGUCCGUGUGGUGAGAGACUGGAGGAACCUCAAGAGACCCCCGUCCUAGAGCCUGCAUGGCAACGCUAUCUCCAUCCUCAUCUCCUCAGACUUCCUCAAGAUGGACACUCUGGUUGAGUUAAUUGUGUCUGGAUUAUUGCCAUGACAAUCUGUUGUGUGUGGUGGCUGCACCCUGUAACAUGGGCGAGCGAGUGGUGUACUCCCACAAGGCAUACUCAUCCUGGGACAUCAACAAACACAUCCAGUCAUUGCAGCAACGAGAGCUAGGGGCUGACGCUCACUCCUAUAGGGACCUAUACUGGAGGCUGUGAGGGGCCGUCAACACACUCACGUGUGACCAUUGCCGUCAGAUGAGAGACAUCUGACUGACCCUCUCCAACAAGAUCGGAGAGGCUGGUAUGGCCGGGGGGAUGUUCUCACGGCUAGAGGCUCAGUUCAGAGCUCAGCAGGUGGCAAGGACUCUACAGCAGGGACAGCACUCCAGAAACAUGUAUGGAAUGAUAGCCUUGGAAACUGGAGACUCUAUAAAAGAAUAAAAGUUUACAAUAUAGACUGCAUGGUCACAUCCGAUGAAAAACAGUUUUGUAUCAUUAAACCAACAAUUUCCACCACAAUUAUCACCACAACAGAAAACAUAUCACCACUGACCACCUUGCCUAAGAGACUAAAACAUGGAAGACUAUAAAAUUGCUCGCAAUAAUUAUGGUACAUAAGUUGGAUCUUUUUGGACAAGUAUAGUUUGCCCUCACCUCUGCAAAGAUGCUGUACAGUCAGUGUUGUAGAAAUUAUAAUUAUGUCACCAUUGAUGUCGUCAGAUGAUAAACUUUA